AUGAGCAGCGUUUAUGAAUUAGCCGCCGAAUUUAUCGCUGGUUUUGAUGAUAAGGCUGCACAAGAUGCCAUUCGUCAUGCUGAAAAACUUGAAAUGACGUACAAAACAGCAGAUAAUUUUGUAGAAAAUAUUGUUGAACCACAAUUAAUCGACGACGUAUCGGACACCGAGAUUGAUAAUCUUUCCGAUGAUAGCGAUGAUAGCACGGAUAUUUGA